AUGAGCGCACGCGCAACCUACACCAGAGACCAAAUAACAAAGUACUUCGACCGCCUGGGGUUGCCUGACCAAAAGAGAAAGUACGAUGUAGCCGAUCUGGACCCCGACAGCGCACUGGAGUACCUCGCACUGCUCCAGAAGCUGCAGCUAGCAGCCGUGCCCUUUGAGAACAUCACCCUGCAUUAUUCGGCCCAUCAUUCCAUCUCUAUCCAUCCGGAGGAAUUAUUCAAGAAGAUCAUUGACGAUGACAAUGGACGCGGUGGGUAUUGCAUGGAGAACAACAGACUCUUCGGCACGCUGUUGAAUUCGCUGGGGUUCACCCUGUAUUCAGGCGGCUGUAAAGUUUGGGCUGCUGACAGCUGGACGGGCUGGUCGCAUAUGGUGAACUUUGUCACCAUCGGCAACACCAAAUACCAUGUCGAUGUUGGCUUCGGGGCUGACGGGCCUGUUGUCCCAAUGCCUCUCGACCGCUCGGGCACAGUCCAAAAGCACAUCCAGCCUGCAUCGGCCCGUCUCCAAUGGCGCAACAUUGCAGGCAACACUGACCCCGACCAGCGCUUCUGGGUUUACGAAUACCGGAGGAACGACGAGAGCGACUGGGAAACCAAAUACUCGUACAGUGAGCUGGAAUUCCAGCCUCAAGACUACGCAGUCAUGAGCUACUACACUUCCACCAGCAAGCAUACUUUCUUCACGCAGAUGGUGGUGGCAGACAAGAAGAUUCUAGGUGAUGAUGGGGAGCUAGAAGGCAAGAUGAGUCUGGCGGCUGCUUCGUUGAAGUGGAAUAUCAAAGGUCAGAAAACCAAAGAAAUCGAGUUUAAGAGUGAGGGAGAGAGGUUGGAGGCGCUUGAGAAAUACUUUGGGAUGAAGUUCCGAGACGUGGAGCGAGAAGGCAUUGCCGGACUGCCAUCAGAGAUCAAGUAG